AUGGCAAUUCGAGUAGCCUCACGGUCCCUAGCACUAGGCGGCGCUUGUUUCUAUUCUUCCACAGCUGGGAGCGGCACCACGAUCACUUCAGCUUCCAAGACAGGCGUAAGCGGGACUAUCGUGAGCAAAUUCAUGCCUGCUACGACCACAGAACAAUCUUCGAAAGACAACGUCCUCUUACGCACAUAUAAGCCUCGAACUCCUGGUCUCCGGCACUUAAAACGACCCAUCAACGAUCACCUUUGGAAGGGCAGACCGUUCCUUCCUCUUACUAUCCCAAAGAAGGGCCACGGAAAAGGAGGCAGAAACGCAAGCGGAAGGAUCACCGUUCGGCACAGGGGAGGCGGUGCAAAGCGACGACUUCGGUCGGUUGACUUCGAAAGAUGGCGACCCGGGUCUCAUAUUGUGGACCGAAUUGAGUACGACCCUGGCCGUAGUGCCCAUAUUGCCCUAAUCACGGAGCAGGCGACAGGUCGAAAGACGUACAUAGUGGCCGCCGAUGGUAUGCGAGCUGGAGAUAUUGUCCAAAGUUAUCGGUCGGGUAUUCCUCAAGAUCUCCUCGAUAGCAUGGGCGGUGUCAUUGACCCUGGUAUUCUCGCCGCAAAAACAGCGUUUCGUGGGAACUGUCUUCCUGUUCACCUCAUACCUGUAGGGACCGUGGUUUACAACGUGGGAUCUAGACUCAAGGGACCUGCCGUCUUUUGCCGAAGUGCCGGGACUCACGCCACGAUUAUCUCUAAGGAGGAAGAGACGAGGGAGGAUGGCACAAAGGUUAUGACGGGCCAGUACGUAACUGUCCAGCUUCAAAGCGGUGAGAUUCGACGAGUCCAUAAGGACGCUUGUGCAACAAUUGGUGUUGCGAGCAAUCCCAAUCACCAGUACCGACAGCUUGGCAAGGCCGGACGCAGUCGUUGGCUUAAUAUCCGACCAACCGUUCGAGGUGUAGCCAUGAACAGAGUUGAUCAUCCACAUGGCGGCGGUCGCGGCAAAUCAAAGAGUAACCGACAUCCCACUAGUCCAUGGGGCACACCAGCCAAGGGUGGGUAUAAGACUCGCCGCAAGCACAAUUUCAAUAAAUGGGUUGUCGUGCCUCGCGUUCGCAAUGUAGAAAAGCGACGGGAGAAGAACGCGAAGAACUCAUAA